AUGAUCUACGAGCAGUACCAAACGACAAUUCAACGUAUGAAGGAGCGGAUGACCAAGAUCGCCAAGCAGUUCGGAAUAGCCAUCGAUGGUCACACUGAAGAGCUGAUAUUGUAUGACCUGCUCAACACCAUGUCGACCCGCAUCACAAAGUCAGAGCAUAUGGCCACCAACCUAGAGGUAGUCCAAGACUGUCUUCGCGAGGCAAUCGACAACAGGUCACCCGAGAUUCUUGGAGAUCAGCCGGCGCACACGUCUGACAGCAUCGAACUCAAACCAGCCUUCUUCCUGAACAUCUCAAGCAAUGCCUCUAGUCUGAACGCGCACUUACGUUCGUACAUUGCGGCCGUGGGUGUCAAGCUCAAAGCCUCUGCCGAGAAGCACGAAGCGACUGAGAGCAAGCACGACGAGCUUGUUUCCCGAUUGACGGAACAACUCGCCGGCUCCACCACCCUUCUGAGCUUCCCAUCCGGCAGCGACGUAGAGAGCGCACUCACCGCCUACAUCGCCGCAGCCACAGCAGAGCUCAAGGCAUCACGUAAGACUGUGCAUCUGACCUCGCAGUGUCUCACCACCUCCGCCGCAAACCGAGGCUUCCAGUUCAGUAAGCCUGACCAACAGUCCACGGACGAGUUGGCCAAAGACAGAAUGCAACAGAACCACGAGGAGCACAACCGCCAGCUAGCUGUCUUGGUGAAGGGCGCCCUAGAGGCACUCGGCCAGAGGAUGUUGGCGGACUGUGACAUCAGGACAAACCUUUCGACUUACAUUGGCGCAGUCGACGCUAGACAGUCAGAGUACGACCGAGAGAAGAAGGUCUUUGAGGAUAGGCUUACGAUCGCCUCACAGAAGUUGAACGUCACGCUAACGGCGGAUGCUUCAGUCGCUGACCGGCUGGCUGCAUUCAUCAGCGGCGUCACUUCCGUUAUUGAGAGCAAAGAUGUCUUGAUUGAAGGCAUCCAAGAUUCUAUCCGGAAUAGCGCGCAGCAACUAGGGAUUCAGCUUGGUGCAGAUCUCUCACCUGCCGAUACUGCCACAGUGUUUAGCAACAGCGCUGUCAGCAACCUCACACAGGCGCAACAGCUUUUGUCGGACCUAGAGAACGCCGUCCAAGACAUGGUGACAGAACUGUGCGUCACAUCCAGUCAGCCAUCAGGACCGGGACAGGUAGCGGAAGUUGUCAAGCACGUCCGAGACGCCACCAAGAGCGCCAGUGAUGAAUACAACGACUCGCUGAUGAACAUUGACGGCGCCAUGACUAUCCUGUCCAACAGGUUCAACUUUCAACUGCCAGCAGACCCCGACGUGCUUGUGCGGCUCACUGCGCUUGGAACGGCGAUUGACACAUAUUUCACCAACACCAAGAAUCGAUACGGUGACAUGUGGGGAUGGAUGUUGAGCGAAGCCAUGGGUACAAUGAAUGAAGUAACGCGUGGUACCGACAUUCCGCCACGCGGAGCUGCCCAUCACGUACCAGCUAUCGAUGGCUCAGAGUUCAACGUCCGCCUUUGGGCUGCCCUCGAGAGGCAACGCGUCACGAAUGCUAUGGACAAGCAUGCCGCCACCAGCACAGCGACCAAAGAGGAAAUGUUACGCUGUUUACAAGAGUGGGUCGAGCGUAUCUAUCGCACCUUGUAUCCAUAUGGGCGUGCAUUGCCGAUACUCCGACCCAGCUGUGGUCUGAACGAGCUAGAUGUGUGGUUGAGGGGUAUCGAGACCAAGUUCAGUGACAACCUCAUUGCGAACAACGAGCAAAGCCUGGACGUGUCGAAGUCGCGAGACAAUUCUCUGAUCCGGUUGCGACAGUGCCUGUACGACUUCGUGUCGGAUGUGUUCAAGGCCGCGAAUAUCACCACAGAGAACUGGCCCGAAACUUACGCGGAUGACGAUCCUGUGCUCGCAACAAACGCUGAAAAGUUUGCCGCCGAACGUCUGGAGUUUUUCCGAGAAGCGAUUAAAGAGUUGGACAGUGAGGGGGAGGACAUUGAAAACUUCAUGGUCGAAGGACGCGAAGCAAUGAACGAGCUGGUCGCCCAAGCCCAUAGGGAUGUCGCUAAAUGGACACCGACACGCGACAAGAACGGCGUCUGGCUGGCGGCGCUGAAGAGGAUGAUUCAGGAGAUCAUCGACAAGAACCACGCCAUUGCCAAGGCAACCAGCAAGACCCUCUCUAGCAUGAUUGCGGCUGUGGACAAGAUCUUCCAAGAUCUCUUCGACACAAACAAAGUCCCCAGGCCAGCAUGGGAAGAUACCACCAUGAUCUCCCCCACCGCUUGCAUCUCGUUCUUCAGUAGAUUGCCCACACUGUUGGCGUUGGGUCUUGUCAAUCACGAAAUCAACCUGUUACGCCAGCAAGAAGAGAUUCUCCAACUUCAGUCCUACCGGGACAACACCAUCCCAGAGUUCAUACAGUUUGUUCGCAACGUAUACGAGGCUCUGAAAAUCGACGCGGGUCAUUGGAGCCCACCGACCACCACUGACACUGCCGUUGUCUUCAGGGGUUGGCUUCAGGGACGACAAAUUGAGAUCUCUAGCAAGUGGAAUUCAGAGACGAAGAAGCAUGAGAGCGAAAUGACGGCAGCUCUCCAAGCAUUGGCCAAUCUCAUCUCAAGCACUUCGCAGCUGUUACCUCCUGCCGCUCCAGUCACAGCAACCGGCGCUGCUACAGGGCUCACGAUUGCAACGUGCGAUGACGUUGGCAGGGCUAGUGCAAUCGGACUGAAAGACUCACUCAACAAGCUCAAGAAGGACACCAACAUGCAGCUCCAGUUACUGGUUGAUGAGAUCAUUGAGCUGGCUUAUGUCGCGUGUCGUUGUGCCGGUGUGGUCGAGCCAGAUUGCUUGUUUCCCCCCAUCGACGUCUGGAGCACGAAUGAUCAGUUGAUUCAAUGGCGUCAAACCUUUGAAGGCUGGUUCAACACAACGUUUGAGCAGAACCAAGCCGCUUUCUUACAGUCCCGCGAGCACGACCUUCACUUCCAGUACGGCAAACUCCUCUCAUGGCAAGCGCGUAAGGUCUACUUCUGCUUGCUACCAAUCUAUAUGACACUCAAUCCUGGACAAAAGUGGACAGUGUUGGACCUCGGUAUGACAUGGUCUUCGCUCGAUAUCAAUGAGCAGAACACAACAGAUGCGAUAGCCUGGAUUGAAUGCGCCUGCCGCAUGCUUGACCAGUUAGCUAAGGAGCGAGCUAGGAAUGCGAUGGCAGUCAUGGAUCAGCUAGAGCAUGCGCGUAGGGUUGCCCAGGAUGCAGACGACGUGAUCGACACCAUGGAGCGCACUAUCGCCGAGGCGAAGGCCGUUGUUACGAAGCAGAGUGACCUCAUUCAACAGCUUCGUCAGGCUUCAGCAUGGUCGUAA